GCACUGGCAUUAGAGAUACCUAACCUCUGCAUGACCUUAACGAACGGCUGGUCUUGUUAAGUAAAUCAGACAAUUUAUUGACGAUGAUCUGUAGAUGUUGGUUAAUAAGGCCAUGAUGUGGGCUUUGAAGAUGGAAAAAAUGAUUGUUGGCUGCCCGGGUUAGUUGGUAUAUUGAACGUCCGCGCAAGGGGUCAUCACUAAAAACACACCGCUGUUCUUCUUUCCCCGCUCAUCCCGAGUCGCUGGUUGACUCACGUGAACUAGAUAAUGAAUAAGUCCACUUGAGCGAUUGUUGUUAAUCCAUUUCAUACCUGCCAUGCGAAUUUCUACACGAUGCCUAUGUGGACCUGCGAUUUUGCCGGUUGCUCAAAAGCGGCUGUUCGUGAACUUGGCGACUGUGUAUUAUGCGACCGCCAUCUAUGCUCCAUCCAUCUUGAGCUCGAAUUUCAUACUUGUCCAAAAUGGGAGGUGAGUUCAAUUUCUUGUAACAUAUGUUGCACUUGCUAAAUUUUGUAGGAUGCGGAUAAGUAUGAUCUCCUAGCUGGAGUUGCUGAAGAAAGAGAGAUUACGGAGUUGAUCAAGAAGGUCAACACCUCGGCUCUUGCGGCUCGAGCAAGUGACUUGCGCCAAGGGAUACCUUGCUCAAUUCCUGCACUCCGGUAUGACAAAGCUCAGCGAAACUCCGUGAUGGGCGGUAUGAAUUAUCAUAUCGAACUUCGUUUUGACGACGGUGUAAAAUGGAUUGCCCGUAUCCGCAGGUUUAACGCCACAUCACCUCCAGCAGAAUUGAGAGACCAUAUCAUCCAGAGGGAGGUCGCCACUCUUAAAUUUCUCGAGCAGACCAGUGCGCCUACUCCGAAAGUGUUUGAUUUCACACUAGACCAUGCGGAUAAUCCUGUUGGAGUUGGCUAUAUACUGAUGGAGAAGUUGCCCGGGAAGCCUUUAUUGGAGGUAUCUCGAACGAAAGAACAGAUGAAAAGGGUCAUGGAACAGUUGGCUGACGUAUUCAUCGAACUUCACAAAUAUCCUUUCAACCGUCUUGGCUCCCUCGAUAAUCCAGGCGAUUCUCACGUGGGUGCGCUCGCUCGGGAAUCUCUUACUGACUUCAUACAAUCCGAAAUGCGCACAAUGGGCCCCUUUUCGUCAAUGGAAGAAUAUCACAAGUCUUCGCUUCAGCUCCUCCUAGAUCAGAUCCUUCGCCAGGAGAUGUACUCUAAUAGGGCCGUAGAUGCGUAUCUGAUACAUCGAUUUCUCCUCGACUUGGUCCCAUCCGUAUUAUCAUCGGCUCAGGAUGAUGGGAAGUUUUAUUUGAAGCAUGCUGAUGAUAAGGGAGACCACAUCUUGGUCGAUGAAAAUUUCAACAUUACUGGAAUAAUUGAUUGGGAAUGGGCCCACACUGCACCUCUAUCUCAUGCGUUCAACUCCCCGUUAGCUAUUUUUGAUGUAGCUGAAUUCUAUAAUGGCGUGAACAAUCUGAGCGACAAUGAAACUGUCUUUGCACGCAUAUUCGGGGGAAAAGGUCACCAGGAUCUAGCAGACAGCGUCUGGAAGGGUAGAUUGCAGCAUAGGUUCAACUUCUGUUGUGGUCAUAAUCUCGAGGACUGGAGCGGGUUCCUUGGUCUUUUUCAAGGGCUUCGAAAUGCUGUGAAAGUAGAUGAUGGUAUGGACUGGGAUGGUUGGAAAAUCGCUGCCUUAGAUCGCUAUAAGGACGAUGCUGGCUUACAACUCUUAUUACGUAGAAAAGGAAACACCUGAUGCUCUAAUUUUCAAAUUAGAGUGAUCUAAAUCGUAUGGAAGUUAGAAAGAAAGAUGUCGCGAAAGACUAAAAC